AUGCGCUUCCUUUUCCCCUCUUCUUCGUCGAUGAUCACCCGAUGGUUCCCACCAAAAGAGCGACCAUUCGCUGUGGGUUUUGUUACUGGCGGAAGGCAAAUAGGAACUCUUAUGAUAUUACCGCUUGGCGGAUUAUUUUGUGAACACCCAGCAACAUUUGGAUGGCCAGCGAUUUUCUACUUGUCUGCCAUUAUUGGAGCAGUUAUACUUGUUAUAUGGCUAUUAUUCGCUGCUGAUAAGCCAUCGAAGCACUUCUUGGUCUCUAAGCCUGAAAACCUCUAUAUUGCUCGGAAGAUCAACGAGGAGAAGCUUGGAAAGCGUACGGAUCGUGGUAAUCCACCAUGGGGUAAACUUGCUCGAUGCUUACCGCUAUAUGUGGCUGUCGCUGCACUUGUAUGCCACGAAUAUCCUCUUGUUAUUAUGCUUCAGGUGAGCCCAGUUGCCACAUUU